UGCCGUGCCGAUCUUCAUAGGUGCUACUCGCUAACAGCACUUGCCCCAACAGUCUGUUAAGACUAUAGGGGAGAUCUUUGUCUUGUGUGUGUGUGUACGCGUGCCGUCUCCUCUCAGCGUCUUCAUCUUCCCUCCCUCGCCGUGCGCGCUCCCUGCCGCCUGCCCCCCUCCCGCUCCGUCACCCCCCCACUCUCCCGUCUCACCUCGCCGCGUCUCGGUCUCUCUGCGUCUCCCACCACCACCACCACCACCCGCCCGGGUGCUCUCUCCUUCAUUGUCGUCUCUCCUCGCCUCCCCACUCACUCGUUGCCAUCUCUCCUUUACUCCCCCAACAAUUUCCCUCUCUCCCAGCGCCACCACCACCACCACCGCCGCUCCCAUCCCCACCGUCUCCUCUCCCUGCGGCUCGCCCCUCUCACGCAUCCCGGUCGGGGCUCGGGUGGACACCCCGGAGUGAAGACCCAAAGACGGAGUGAGACACGGAGACAGAGAGACAGACAGACAGAGAGAGACACACACACAGAGAUAGCAGGAGGUGGGGGGGAGCCCCUAACAACACAGAGACCGGCAAGGGAGACAACGCGGGAUUUGGUGUCCACGUUCGAGAGACGCGGAGUCUCCUUCGUGAGUCGGUCUGUGAGACGCCGCCUUGUGCCAAGCUCUGCCGGAGACAUGGACGGCCCAGUUCGAGUCUCGGUGCUGAUGGUGCUGCUGCUGCUGCUGGCGUCACGGAGGGGUGACGCGUCCACCGCCAGCACUGGAACACGCGCUCGACCACCAGCCGGCCAGGCUGGCCAGCCCGGAGCUCCACCACCACCACCACCGGCGGCGGCGGGGGGCCCCGGGGGUACGGCGACCUGCGGCGGCGAGGUGUCGGCACGCAACGCCGGCUACAUCACCUCGCCGGGUUUCCCUGACGACUACCAGCCCUACCAGCGCUGCGAGUGGCUCCUGCGGGCGCCCGAGAGCGACCAGAAGAUCAUCCUCAACUUCAACCCGCACUUUGACCUCGAGAAGCACGACUGCAGGUUCGACUACAUUGAGGUGCGCGACGGGGCGGGCCCACAGGCCGAGGUGCUGGGUCGCUACUGCGGGAACGUCGCACCGCCUCCCAUCACCUCGUCGGGCCCCGCCCUGCGGCUCUCCUUCGUCUCGGACUACACCAACCAGGGCGCCGGGUUCAGCCUGCACUACGAGAUCCUCACCACGGGCUCGGACGAGUGCUCGCAGAACCUGACGGAGUCGACCGGGGUCAUCCAGUCGCCUGGGUAUCCGGACAAAUACCCCCACUACCUGGACUGCACCUACGUCAUCCAGGCCCCCCCUCGGCACGAGAUCUCGCUCGACUUCGACCGCUUCGACGUGGAGGAGGAGGGGACGGGCGCUGCCCCGGGCCCGCUGGAGACGCUGCCCUGCCGCUACGACUGGCUCGAGAUCUGGGACGGCCUCCCCCAGGUGGGGUUCCUGCUUGGACGCUUCUGUGGGCCGCGUUCCCCGGGCCCCGUGCACUCCGCCACGGGCACGCUUUCCCUGGUGCUACACACCGACACCGCGGUGGCUCGCGAUGGAUUCCUGGCACGCUAUGGCGUGGCGCCGCGCCGGCCUGCCGACUCCUCCCAGUGCGGCCGUGCGCUGGGCGUGGAGAGCGGUGCGGUGCGUCCCGGCCGCCUCUCGGCGUCGUCCCAGUACCGGACGGGCCUCUGGGGGCCCGAGCGUGCCCGGCUCAACCACCCACUCAACGCAUGGACGCCGCUCACAGACUCCAGCAAGGAGUGGCUGCAGGUGGACCUGGGCUUCCCGAAGCUGGUGACGGGCAUCGCGACGCAGGGCGCCGUCUCCCAGGAGACCCACAAGAGCUACUACGUCACCGAGUUCCGCCUCGAGUACAGCUCCUCGGGCGACGAGUGGGUGCUGUACCGUGAGGGGCGUAGCCCGCGGGAUUUCGAGGGGAACGAGGACGGGAGCACGGUGGUGCGGAACUCGCUGGCGGAGCCGUUUGUGGCUCGCCACGUGCGCCUGCGGCCCACACGCUGGCGCGAGGGCAUCGCGCUGCGACUCGAACUCUACGGCUGCCAGAUCAUGGACUUCCCGUGCUCGGAGCUGCUGGGCAUGGUGUCGGGCAGGAUCGAGGAUCGCCAGGUGGCCGUGUCGUCUUCGCGCGACUUCCAGUGGGCGGCCGGCAGCGCGCGGCUGCUGGGAUCGCGCUUCGGCUGGGCACCGGCGCUGUCACAGCCAUCCGAGUGGCUCCAGGUUGACCUGGGGGUGCCGUGGAUGGUCAGCGGGGUCCUUCUGCAGGGAGCCAAGGGGGGGCCCCUGUCCGACACCAAGUUCUUCAUCCGCCGCUUCGGCCUCGCGCACAGCCUCGACGGCAUCACGUGGCACUCCGUGCGCGACGCCAACAGCCAGCACCCCAAGUCGUUCAUCGGCAACUUCCACACCGACAAGGUGGAGCUGCGGCGCUUCCCGGCGGUGUUGGCGCGCCUCCUGCGCGUGCUGCCUGAGAAGUGGGCACCCAGCGGCAUCGGCCUGCGCCUCGAGCUCCUGGGCUGCACCCCGCCCACCGAGGCCCCCGGCACGGGGCCCACGCCUGCACCCCCGGCGCCAGCGGCGGACGCAAGGGACCCUGGGUGUCUCGUCCCCGAGGGCGAGUGCCGCACGGAGAAGCCCUCCGUCGUGCUGCCUUCAGAGCCAGCACGAAAUCGGCCAGUCAGCAGCGACCAGGCCGCUUUGGGCACCGAAAUCCACAGCUCCUGGGACGACGACGACGACAACAACAACAACAACAGCAGCAACAACAACAACAACAGCAGCAACAACAGCAGCAACAACAACAACAGCAACAACGACGACGACGACCUUGACAACGGUGGCGUUGAUGAGCCUGACGACGUGAACGAGGUGGCAGAGGAGGAGGAGGAGGAGGAGGUGGAGGAAGAAGACGCUCGCGUCCUGCGUUCGCUCGACCCCAUCCUCAUCACCAUCAUCACCGUCAGCUCGCUCGGCGUGCUGCUGGGCGCAGCCUGCACCGGCCUGCUCCUCUACUGCGCUUGCGCCUACGGCGGCGGCGGCGGUGUCGUCGGCACCGGCGGGCGACGCCACCACCUCCACCACCACCACCAGCAGCAGCAGCAGCAGCUCAACCGCAGCCACGGCGGCGGCGGCGGCGGCCGCUGCGUGCCGGAGUUGUCCAUCUCGGCGCUCGAGCGGUACAACUUCGAGCUGUACGACGGCGCCGGCAGGGCCAAGGAGAAGAAGACGCCGUGCAUCCGGGAGGCCGGCGGCGCCGGGCAGCUCGCCGAGGAGAAGGCGCGGCUGCACACGCAGGGCUCCAGCUCCGAGGCGUAGCUCCGAGGUGAAGGUGGUGUGGCGGAGGGCGAAGGGGCUAGGAGGGGGAGGGGUGUCCGUGACAAGCUGGGACGGCGGCGGGGGUGGACGCGGAUGGGACGCGCGGGAUGGAGGGACGACGCGAACGUCGUCCGCGCUCGCCGGGGCUGUCGUCGUCAUCGUCAUCGUCGGCUUCCGGCGAUUGUUGCUGUCGGAUCGGCGCAAGUUGUGUUUGGAGGCGAUGGUCGCCGAUGGAGUUGGACUGGUGGAUUCAACCGUAGGCACUCGGCAAGAGGAUGCUGUUGAAUUUCCGUGCGAGUGUGUCUGUGUGUGUGUGUGUGUGCACCCAAUUGCUCUGUGUGUGUGUGUGCGUGUUCUGUAUUUAUCGUUCCGUCAGUGUGUUCUGUGUUGGGCUGUUUGCGCGGUGUGCGUGUGCCUGUCGAUGGUCCAGUGUACACUGUUUACGAACUACGUUGCACCGUGGGUAUCGUCUUUAAUAGGUGCUCGCUAACAGCACUUGCUCCAACGGUAUGUUCAAGGCUAUACGGGGAAUCUGUGUCUUCCAUCUGUGUACUGUGUGGCGUGUGUACACUUGUUCUGUACUCUAUGUAUACAUCUCCAGUUGUGCUGUGCACACUGCUGUGCUGUGCCAUUCCGGCUUUCCUGAGUGCUGCUGGCUAACAGCAUUUGUCUGAACAGUCUGUUAAGGCUAUAACGGGGGGGGGGGAUUUUUUUUUAAAUAAAAUAUUCUUUGCUGUGUGUCCUAUCCGUGCGCUGUAUAUCUCAUGCUUCUGGCAUCUGCCGUGCCAUCAUUUGACGCUGUCUGUGUCUUCCUGUGUGUAUGCUGCCCGUGUAUUCUGUCUGCGUUUAUUGGAUGUUCUCUGUUUUGUAUGCCCCUGAUGUGUCUCGUUUCGGUGUCGUGCGCGCGCGUCUAGUCUGCGUUGUCCGUGUCCUUUGUACCUGAAACCUCGAAAGAAUAAAUGAAGCCACUCUCGGGACAAUGGGAACAUAAUUUUGUAAAAACUAAAAAUCGCAAACUGCAGCCGCUGCUCAAGGCCAACCGGAAUGGACUAUGAAAAAUCCCCAUCAUCAUCGUCAUCAUCAUCGUCAUCAAGCGUCUUCCUUAUCGCGGUCAUCGCAAACCAAUUUUCUACCCAAACGCUGCAUGAAAUCGUUUUGUGACGACGAGCAGGAACAAGACGGGAUGGAGCCUGCCUUGGGCUUGUGGAGGCCUCGGCCUGCCUGGGAAGGAGACGUUCCCGGCAAGGGAAGGGACCUGCGUGUUGGGGACCAGCAGGUGGCCGGGUGCUAUUUAUUAAAGCGGCGGGGCUUUAAUGAACGUCACAGGGCGCGCCGUCUAUGUUACACGCGCGAUGCUUUUUGUACACACACACACGCGGUAAUUAUGGGCACAUUGUUUGUACACACACACACACGCGCGCGGUAAUUAUGUGCACGUUGUUUUUGAAAAGCCGAAGAACAGUGCGGAGGAGGAAGAGGCAAAGAAUGAGGUGGGGGGGGAGAUUUUGAGAGAAGCGGAAAUGACUGCAAUUGAGACUCAAGGUCUGUGUUAGAUAACAGAUUCUGCAACUAACGAAUAACCUGAACCCUUCACACAACCCCAAAGCAUAACCCGAAGUCUAAACUGGCUCUGCCUGUAGUCUGAAGCUCUGACCAGCCCUAACCUUAACUGUUGGCUUAACAAAAUUCCCUUUCACAAAGCAUGUUCAUACAUCCGCCAUUCCACAGUCUUUGCCCUAAUUGUGGAACAUUCUCCCCACCCUGUCCUUAUGCCUAAUAUUAGCUCCCAACUGUAGCCCCAUUUCCUGACCAGAUCCCAAAAUCCUAUCCUUAGCCAUACCCCCCCCCCACACCGCCCAUCCCCCAAAGCCUUAACUGUCACCGGACCCAUAGCCGCCCCAAACUUCGUCGAUAGCCAUAUUUCUAAACCCGUAGGCGCGAACCCUCGUCCUCGCCCCCUGACCUUAGCCCUCUGUCCCCAGCCCUCGCCUGCAACCCCGCACACCGCCCACAGGAAGCUCGUUGGACCAUCUGUUCGGUGGUUCUCUUUUGAUCAUGUGAACAAAUGUGGAACGCCGGAAGAGGGAGAGAGUGGAUUUUUUUUUUGCUUUAACAAAAACCCAGCGUGAAGGCUGGCUCCUCCACGUGCGCCCCACGUGCUGUCGACGGCUCUGCCGCCUCGCGCGUUCCCGCUUGCUGGUGGCAGAACACGCAAAAUGAACCGCGCCAUCGUCGCCGCGAUUUUCGCAAAUGUCUUCCAUCGUUUGCAUUGCCGCCGUCUUCUUAUCGUCGUCAUCGCCGUCUUCAUCAUCAUCAUCAUCGGCAUCUUCGUCCGAGCGAAAUGUUGCACUCGUACCAAACACACGCGUGUUCACGGGUCGCCCGCACGCACGUGCGUGCCUGGCGGCUACUGUGGCUCAUCGAGAUUCGCUCUGCUUACUCGGCCGCGCCCUGCGGUGAGAGUUCGGCCGUGACGCCGGCGUGGGGAGCGGCGGCGGGGAGGGCCCUGUGAGGGUUUAAAUGCGGCUCCAAACACCACAAGUGCAAGCUCAACUAAACUAACGCGUUUGGAGAGUGAAACUCGGCUAAGUGUGCCAGGGGAGAGGUCCGGGUUGAGAUUGGGGUCUGUUUGGCGAGUGUGGUUUGGGGGUUAGGGUCUGGUUAGUUUGGUUUGGUUUGAGUUAUGGUCUGGUUAGUUUAGUUUGGGUUAGCUAAGGGUCUGGUUAGUUUGGUUUGGUUUGGGUUAGGGUCUGGUUAGUUGAGUUUGGUUUGAGUUAUGGGUAGGAUGUGGUUUGAUGGUAUGAUUUGAAUUGGGUUGUGAUUGACUGGUGUGGUAUGGGUUAGGUGUAGGGUGUGAUUGACUGGUGUGGUAUGGGUUAGGUGUAGGGUGUGAUUGACUGGUGUGGUAUGGGUUAGGUGUAGGGUGUGGUUGACUGGUGUGGUAUGGGUUAGGGUCUCGUUGGUUCGUGAUGUUUGCACAAUAGCCUAGUUCACUCGUAUGAAUUGGUUUAGAGGUUAGGGAAAGAUUUUCUGGACAGGGUGUGGUAGGCAACUGUGGUUUGGAUUCUCAGUAGUGUCUGGUCAGCCAGUGUGGGAUGAUUUAGGCGUCGUACCUGUUGAGCGAGUGUGGUUUGGAUAAGGGCAGUUUCUGGUUGACAAAUUGUGUUCCACCCUUUAACAGUUUUCCACCCUCGCUAUUGGGAGCUUUUUCACUGAUGGUGAUCCCUCUGUGCCCAGUCGCCACUCUUUUGCCUGCAUUCAUUUUAUAAAAAGCGACUAUAAAUCACUUACGGUAAACCUGGCUUUUACAAUUAUUAUUUUGAUAAUGAUUGUGGUUUUCCACGAUGUUACUGGCGCAUGCGUAGUAACAUCGUGAUUGCACAACAGUUGCAAUGAAGCACAGCGAAGCUGUAAUCAUCGUCAUCGUGGUGAUCAAGAGCCAUGGUCAAUCCACUGCUGGAUGAAAGCCGCCUCACCCAUUCGCCGCCAUCGCACGAUGCCGCGUUGUAACAAUCCAGCUCGCGCGCCAGCUGACUUCGCCGGGCAAUAUCCUCUGUGAGCGUCCUUCCAGCGGGUGUGGUGUUUAUCUAACAAAUACGCAAAUAGAACAACAAUCUAUCUCUAAACCACAAAAGUUAAAUGACGUUGAGGACCCUUGAGCAUCGUGGGUCAUUGUGGUCUUCAUAGCCGUUUUCACUCAAGCAGGACAGUAUCGGACGUGGCUUUGACCUGUCUGUUAAUCAUCAGCAGUCCGGCAUAUCGAUGUUUACAGUCAGUGCUGUGUGACAAAACCUUCGCGGAAGUCUCGGUGGAGUCGUGUCCAUGAGCGGCACUGUGAGUGUAAGCUCGCGAAAGGUCAUGAUGUUGUCGGGCUGGAAUUGGCAACCACAGUAACAACGAGAAGAGCCAUUGUUUUCGAAUUCCGUGGGAAAAAAAAAAACAACUCAAUAUUUCAAGAGUCCACAAUGCAACUGCGGUGGUAGUGGUUCCUUAAAAAAAUAACUGUGCACGAAGCAGCCGUCCUUAAAGACCCACCGCAUGUGGCUCCGGAGUCGUGGGUUGGCGACGAUUGCCGGCGACGAUUGCCAGCAACGUUUGCCACGCAAUAUUGAAUUUGGACACGAAAUUCAUUUGAGUUGGCCAAAGCUGAAGGAUAAAUCCGAUCGCUGCUGAUCCGAGUGGGGCAACGGAGAAGAAUGGCGACAUCCAGUCGCAAUCGCUCGCAGAAAUCACGCUGCAAAUUCGUUUCCGUCGGUCCGGACGGAGCCUCCGCCACUAACCACGUGGGCUUUUUUUGACGUCGAUGCCGCGCAACUCUGCGGUGAUUCCUUCACGACAGCGGUUCUUAACCUAGGGUGCAAGUAACCCCUGGGGGUGCGAGAUGCCCUUUCUCUGGGGGGGGGGGGGGGGGGGGGUGCGAGACGUGGCCAGAUGUUUUUGUUCGAAGGUAAAUGAUUGAAACACAAAUUAAGUACGGGGCACGUGAGUGGCAACUUGCUUUGUUUCAUCAAAGCCUCUGUACGCAUGAACAUUGUACAUUGUUGUCGCGCUUGAGAACCAGAGGGGUGCGCGAGGCUGCAGUAAAUGUUAAGAGCCACUGCUUGACGGCGAUACGUCGUGAGGAAUUCCACCCAGCGGUAACCGCUUUGAAGGUCUGGACGGGUCCUCGGGCUGAGCGGCAUCACCCAGGGGGGCAAGGUCAAACGCCGGAGCUGAGACAGAGCCCUGGAGUUAACCUUGAGGACCCCGAGGACGUGUUACGAGUGUUGUCGUCAUUAAAUGGUGGAAGCAAUGCUGCCUUUUUUUGUGUUGUAACAUUUUGGCCGCCCCGGUUCAAGACUUCGACAAAUGUGUAAAAAAAUGUUUUUUUUUUUUUAAAUUGAAUUUAGAAUCCCAAACGAGCCGGAGGAGCAGCGCACGUUGAUGGGUACUCGUCUCCGUGCGGACCAGACGAGGUUGCGACUCAAUUUUGCCUUUAAAAUGUUCUUAAGACGCAGUCUCGCGUUCCCAGCUAACUUAAUACUUUAUCUUAGCCUCCCACGCGAAUGGCACUCCCAGCCAAAUAAUAAUGUGUUUACAGUUUUACAAAAAAAUGUUUGUUAAAUAUAUAAAUAUAUAUUCCCUGCCCCUGGACACCGUCAGCCAAGUUUCAAGAUUUUCUCUCGGCGCACUAACACUGACUCGGUGCUUUUUGUGUUCGCGCGUGGGAGGAAAGCGGGGAGCACUUGCAGGGGGACAUUAAAAACGCACGUGUACAGAUUGCCGUGCGCAGCGAGACGGAGCAAGUGACUUGCCGUGCCUGCCAUCGAGCGGUGCCGCCGCUUGAUGGCAGGCACGUUGUCGUCGUCAUCAUCAUCAUCAUCACCUUUGUUCAAAACAGUGACUCGGAGCCCAAUCCCUGUGUGAUGAACUAACCCCUACGGGCAUGAAUCGUCGGAUUGAAAACGGAAACGCUCAACACGGGCGUCGACAACACCGUGGCCCUGAAUUUUAAAAAAAGGCUAUAACAGGCGAUGUUUCAGACACUUUAACGCGUCGUAGAAGUCGUUGUAGAAGGCUUUCGAGACCAACAUUAACCAUGAGAGGGGUUUUUUUUGGGUUGGAUCGCUGUAAAUAUAUAAUGUGUGUCGUUAAGGCCGCCACCGUACGACGCAGCCAAUCAGUAAAGUUUGUCACGUAAACAAAGCACAUGUCAAUUCGUUUUUAGUUCAGCAUAGCGGUGUGUUGUAAAUGUUGUAGUGGGUUUACUCUCCACGAGCAACGAAUUUCCACGUUUUGUUGACGUGACAGCCCUGACUAAUUGGCUGUCUCGGGUGGUGGCGGGUUUGACGACACAUUCAUAUUUACGUUUCAAACAAUGCCCCUGGACAACACGUGGAGGCCACAUGACUGUUUCGACAAAGCCUCCGACCUCUCUCGCAUGCGCUGCGCAGAAGGGUCAUUGCCCGAAACGUCGCCUAUUGUAUACCUGCAUUUUAAAGCCCACGGCGCGACCGGCGGCUGCGUUCAGUUGUUUUUCGUUGUUUUGUGCGCCACCGCUGAUAGCCCAAACGGCAAAUUUGGCGAU